AUUCAACAAGCAAUCCAACACAGUCCAACCCGAGGAGAUCGAUCGAGCUCGACAUCCGCGAGCGAGAAUGGCGGGCAUGGUGUUCGGCUUGGAGAACCCGAUGAUGACGGCGCUGCAGCACCUGCUGGACAUCCCAGACGGCGAGUCCGGCCUCGCCGCCGGCGAGAAGCAGGGCCCGACGCGUGCCUACGUCCGGGACGCGCGCGCCAUGGUGGCCACCCCCACCGACGUGAAGGAGCUGCCGGGCGCGUACGCGUUCGUGGUGGACAUGCCGGGGCUGGGUUCCAGCGACAUCCAGGUGCAGGUGGAGGACGAGCGGGUGCUGGUGAUCAGCGGCGAGCGGAGGAGGGAGGAGAAGGAGGACGCCAAGUACCUGCGGAUGGAGCGCCGCAUGGGCAAGCUGAUGCGCAAGUUCGUGCUGCCCGAGAACGCCGACAUGGAGAAGAUCUCCGCCGUGUGCCGCGAUGGCGUGCUGACCGUCACCGUCGAGAAGCUGCCGCCGCCCGAGCCCAAGAAGCCCAAGACCAUCCAGGUCCAGUCCAGGCAGUGGCGUAGCUGUAGGGUGGCCAGGGUGGUCCAUGGACCACCCUGGAAUUUGGCCCAUUAGUUUAGUACUUCUCUGAAAAAAUGAAACAUAUCCAGGCCCAAGUCAGGUCUCAGCCCAUGUACAUGCGAAGCGUUGGCUCCUUUCUUCCGUUUCCUGGUACGCGUACGCUGAUCGUCGUCUCGUCUACUCGUCUCCUUUUCCUCUGGACUGAAACCCUAGCGGCUAUCGUCAAUUCGUCAUCGCCCAGCGCAACUGCGCAACAGCGCAAGGCCGGCACUCCGGCUGUCCGGCAGGGCACCCGCCGACGGCGACGGCCAAGCGGCCAGCGAAGGACGCCCGUCCCGGCGGCCGGCGAGGCGAGGAAGGAACUGCGCACCUACGCACGCAUAGGUACAGGCGUACAGCCCCAUACACAGUCCCGUAUAGAGUAAGAUUUUUGUUCUUCUCUAACUCAAAGAACAACUUCCUUUUGCUCUGAAGAUUUGAACGGUUUGUUGAGAGUGCAAGCUUUAAAUUUUUUUGCAAUUGAUUAGUCAAUUGAACCGAUUGAAUCAUUAGGGCUUUGUUCCAACUGAAUUAAUGUAUUAACUUUUUUGUAGAACUGUUGCAAAAAUGAAGCGGACAGGAGACAUUGCAUCGCUUUUUUUGAGAUAUGGAUCCAAGAAGAAGGUAGCUGCUCCUUUUUCACCUCCUUCUCCGGCACCGGUAGCGCCCGCAGGGGAACAACAAACCUUAGAAUCAGUGCAAGAGAGAGUAAAUGAAGAAAUUGUGGAUUCAUCACCACCAGCGCCAUCGCCGCCACCGCCGCCG